UAUCUCUUUUUUCAGUCUUUGGGGCUUUUAAAAAAGAGCCACUAGUCUCAAUGCGGAUCGGGCUAUGACAGCCUCCGUGCUCCUCCAUCCCCGCUGGAUCGAGCCCGUCAUGUUCCUCUACGACAACAGCCUGGAGGAGAUCAACAAGAACAUGGAAGCCGGGUUCCACGCGGCGGCGGCGGCGGCGGCCGCGGGCACCAACUUCGUGUCGGCCAACCAGUGCCGGAAUCUGAUGGCUCACCCCGCUUCGCUGGCCGCGCCGGGCAGCGCCGCCGCCUACACGUCGAGCGAGGCGCCCGCCGCCCCCGGCAUGGCUGAGCCCGGCGCGGCUGUCAAGCAAUGCAGCCCCUGCUCGGCCGCCGUGCAGAGCUCCUCGGGCCCGGCCGCCCUGCCCUACAGCUACUUCGGCAGCGGCUACUUCCCGUGCGGCAUGAACCACCACCACAACGCCUCCCUCAAGUCCUGCGCCCAGCCCGCCUCCUCCUUCGCCGACAAGUACAUGGACACGUCGGGGGCCGCCGCCGCCGCCGGCGAAGACUUCACCUCCCGCGCCAAGGAGUUCGCCUUCUACCAGGGCUACGCCGCUGGACCCUACCAGCCCGUGCCGGGCUACCUGGAUAUGCCCGUGGUGCCCACCAUCGGAGGCCGCGGCGAGCCCAGGCACGACUCUAUGCUGCCCAUGGACGGCUACCAGCCCUGGGCUAUCACCAAUGGCUGGAAUGGGCAAGUCUAUUGCCCCAAGGAGCAGAACCAGCCGCCCCACCUCUGGAAAUCCACUCUCCCGGACGUGGUUUCGCAUCCGUCAGAUGCCAACUCCUACCGGCGUGGGAGAAAGAAACGGGUGCCGUAUACCAAAGUUCAGUUAAAAGAACUCGAAAGGGAAUAUGCUACAAAUAAAUUCAUUACCAAGGACAAGCGAAGAAGGAUAUCAGCCACUACAAAUCUCUCAGAGAGGCAGGUCACAAUUUGGUUCCAAAACAGAAGGGUGAAAGAAAAAAAAGUCAUUAACAAAUUGAAGACAACGAGUUAAUGGAUUAAAUGGAAAUGCAGCUGCCCAGAGGCCUAAAAAC